UUUUCCUCAAUAGGGGGGAAGAAAGGGACAAAAGCUGAACCAAAAAAGAAAAAAAAUAACUUGUCUCCGGAGUGGGUUCGCAAACAUCACGUUUCAUAUUUAAGCAGGGUGUUCGCAGAGCGGUGUGCACGGACAGCGAAUGCCGCUCGGGGGAGCGUCUGCGCGCAGCACCGCCUGUAGACGCAGCUCACUGACACACACAGUUGCGGGCCGGUGGAAGUAGGAAACCCUUAGCUCUGUCGGUGGUGGCACAGCGACAACUAACGUUAAUCUACGCUGAAAAUUGGACGAGGGCUUGUGAGGAAUCAUGUAUCAGGUCCCGGUUGGAAGUAUCGAAAAGAUUCGCAAAGCGAGGAAGGCAGUGAAGAGCAUCUUGAGUGAGAUCGGCCUGGAAGACUGUCAGAACCUGCUGAAGGAAAUAAAUGAAAACUCGGAGAAAAACUCGGAUGAAGAUGAUGCUUUUCAGGAAACUGAGUGGAUGGAUUUCGCGGAAGGAUACUACAGCAGAAUGCAAAAGAAGUGGCCGUAUCGGUCUCGAUCUCUGUGCUGCAGCCUGUGCAAGUACUCUUCACAAAACAUCUACAACUUCAGGAGCCAUGUCUCCCGCUGCCACGGUUACGUCCAGUCCUUCUGUGCGCUGACACCCUGCUCACAGUGCGUCUUCAUCGGCCACCCCAAGGUUGUGAAGAAGCACAUGCUGUUCUUCCAUGCCAAACUCCCCGUGUCAAACACCCAGAUACCGCUGCAGAGGGAAACAUCUUUACCCACCCAUCGCGGAAACGAGAGGUAUCAGUGUCGAAGAUGUGCGUUUCCCACCUCUUCUAUCUUCGCAAUGAAGAAGCACAUUAUUCUCAAGCACAUGGAGAGUUUGGCAGAGCAGUACAUCGGUUACAGGUUGCACCUUCAGGGGAAUUCAUCCGUCAAAGUGUAUUGCUGCAAGAUGUGCAAGGUGAACACUGGAACUCUAGACCAAAUGUUGCAUCACAUGCUCAUCGAGCCAUCACAUUAUUCAGUGAGCACACAAGUGCAGGUUCUGAUUUAUGAGAAUAAGAACUACAUUGUUAAACCGACUCCUAAUGGGAAUGGUUUGUUUGUGACAUUCCCAAGUAUUGCUCCCAAACCACAGCAACCUCAAAUGCUCAAUAGUAAAUCUUUGGUCUUGCCAAGUAACGGCCAACAUGCUGGGACUGUAGUGGCAUUACAGCAAGUACAAGGGACUGCAAACAGUACCACUCUGAUCUGUGCCCCUGGAACUAACCAAGCUUUCUUGCCACCUCAGGCCUCAGCGCUAGUGCAGCUAGCUAGUGCGGAGGCUAAAGGUUUGCUUCAGCCCGGUGCCACGAUAGCCCUCCGAAGUGCUUUGCCCCAAGGACCGCCUAUGGUCCAGCUUCCCACAGUUUCUAAUCUUGCUCUAAAACAGGCGCCAGUGACCUUAACUCCCGCUUCAGCGCCUCCUUCGGCUCCUGCACAACAGACUCCACAAGCGCAGCAGAUCCUCCUUCCGUCGGGACUGCAGGCGAACGUAGCAGCUGGACCUGGGACUGUACCCAAGCCUGCUGCAGUUACACAUAAUUUAGCAACAAACCAAAUCGGCCUACAAGGUACUAUGUUGACUUCACAGUCUCUGCUGAGUCACCUGAUCCCGACUGGCAACAAGGUGAACGGCAUGCCCACGUACACUUUUGCUCCCCUGCAAGUAGCAGUGCCAGUCUCUCACAGCACAAGUACUCCCCUCAAGUCAGUUGAACAAAUAAAUUCCACGCCACAAACUAAGAAAUGGAUAACCUGUCCCCUCUGCAAUGAACUCUUUCCUUCCAAUGUCUUUGACAUGCACACCGAGGUCGCCCACCAGACAAAAUCUUCCUCGUCCAAGUCCGAAAGUGUAGCUGCGCGAGCAGCAUUCCUGAAAAAAAUGCCUGACAAAACUGUGAAAUGUUUAACCUGCAAAAUUCUACUAUCAGAAAAGAGCGUCUUCCAGCACCUGCUGCAUGGCUUGAAUUGCUUGUACUGCUCAGCCUUGUUCUUCUCAAUCAAACAGCUCAUCGAACAUGUAAAGCAGCACAAUCCUACGAGCAAGGCAUACUGUGAUUUCCUGAGGCAGAAGUACAGGGUCUACUCAAAGGGUGCUGGAGGGAUCCUGUUCCCUUAUUUUGACGUUCACACCUCUGCACCAAGAGAGAUCCUUGGUGAUGCAGAGGUCAAGCUUGCCUUGGUCACAAGUUCCCUAGAUCUGAUUUUCUUUAAGUUGCAGCCAAGCAACCACCCAGAAAUCUGCUCUGUACCCAUCAAAGUCAACAGCUCCUACUGUCCCUUUUGUGAUGAAAAGUUUCAGCAGGAGUCAGACUACCUGCAGCACCUGAAACAGAAGCACUUUGUAGCACCCACUAUCCACGCUAUUCUCAAGACGGAGGCUUUCAAGUGCAUCUACUGCAACGGCGUAUACACAGGAAAGGUCACCCAGCAGGCUGUGAUGCUCCACAUUCAGCGAUGUCGUUGUUCACCCAAGCCACAACAACCACCCACACCUGCUGCAGCACCCCAGCCGCCACCAAAACCAGCUCAGCAGGUCAAUCAGGCUUCCGGUCUCUACUUCCUUCAAGUACCACAAGGGCUGACUAUGAAACAGACAUUGACUCCAGCUCGCGUGACUGCAGCUCGGGUGGCUCCAGCUCGUGUGACUCCAGCUCGCGUGGUUCCUGUCGCACGUCCCACAGAGCCUCCGGAAACCGAAGCAGAGCUGCAGUCGAAGAGGAGGCUGGAAGCCGCGUGGCGGGAGGUCCUCGAGGCCAACAAACGAGAGCGUGAACAGAGGGCGGCCAUGCGCAAGAAGCGAGAGCAGGAGAAGUUGUUGCCUCCGCCGGAGCCUGAGGUUCAGAGCGACACUGCGGUCAAGCUGCUGCUGGAGCCCACCCCAACGGAGCGCCGCUGCAGCGAGGAACGCAGAGACUUCAUAUCCAAAUACUUCAACGUGAACCCAUACGCGACCAAAGCAGAGACCGAAGAGCUGUGCAAGAGGCUGUCUCUCACCAAGGCGGAGCUAGCGGCGCUCUUCAGCAAGAAACGCAGCAAGUGCAUGAAGAGUCUCAAGAGGAACACUGCAGCCGUCCUCCUCGGCUUCAACAUGGCCGAACUGAGCAAACUCAAGCACAGCCUGGUCAUCCCGGAGCAGCAGCCCGCCGAAUCGGCAGCCGACGCGACAGAGGAGAUGGAAAGCGAUGAAGACGGACCAGAACCGAUGGACGAAAGUGGAAACGAAAAAGUCACAGAUGGGGAGCAGAUGGAGUGAGCUCAGAAGUGCGUGAAAGUGGAACCUGAAAAAGUGCAAAAAAAAAUAACGCAUUUAAAAGUAGAAAAUAAGCUCAUUAAUUAUGACCACGUUUGUGUUAACAGUCAUCAGAGAGGUUGAUCAUGCAGUGUAAAUGGAUGAUGUAUAACUUUACAUAGAAGCUUACCUGUAACAGAGGGUGGUUUAUUAAUGUAGCCUUCAUUAUUAGUGCUUCGUUUGACUUCAGUACAUCGUCAGUGGUCCAUAUUUUUCCACAGAAAUGCAAAGUCUUGUGGGAAAGCAGGUCCAAGUGUAUUGUCUGAUACAUUGCAUUUAGCUAGAUACGAUAUCUCUUUCCACAAUGGUUUCAACUUAAGUACUUCUGCCUCUUUUUGCUGCUUUUUGCAAUCAUUAUGUUUGUUCAUUUGUAUCUGGUGCACAGCACAACACAAACAAACUGAUCAAACCAAGUUUUCCCUUUUCAUGUUUGUUUGUUUUAACCUGUUCUCACCUUCUGCCUUUUGAUUUCUUCCACUGGAUCUUUUAAGGUUACUCACUCCACUUGUCCCUCAACAUUUAUACAGUUUAAGGAGAUUACUAUCUUUUUUUUUUUUUUUUUUUUUUUUUCUCGCCCAGCUCACCAGCUCAUGUGGACCUACUGAGAUGAAUGCUCAUCUCACAGUGUGGAAGCUAAUCUUUUAAAGAAUGUAUAAGUGUUUUGAGUUCUGAACUUGCUGUUGGCCAUGUUCCCCGCAUGAGCCUUUGUUUUACUUUCAGAUUAAAUUAUAAUUUGUGCCAUUGUGAAGUCUGCGCAUUUCCUCAGAUUUGAGGAAAUUGCUUGGAGAUUCAGCAGAACCUAGAACGUGUUAUUGGGUGUUCCCCGCAUAGGUUUCCUGUUUUGUUUUCUAUAUACUUGUAUUUUCUAUAAGUCCAAGAGUAUAAAUAUAUUGAAAUAUUGGGAGGCGUUAAAAUAAAUACUGUCCAAGGCCACUGUGGUGUAAACAAAAUAACAUGGUUUCCUUUUACACGAAUGGUCCAUUUUUAUUUUCAUUUUGUAAUAAAAAUGUAAUUUUUAAUUAAGCUGUGUUAAAGCAUCCCAAGGUAUGUUUUUAUUUUCCUUUUUUUCCCCAUGUGUAAUUACAAACUGCAGGCCCCUUUUUCUUUUCUCACAGAAGUGAACAAACUGGUUUAAAGUCAUAAUACAGGCAGUGCAUUAUGUGUAAUAAAAGGCGGACAAGUGUAGAGUCUUAAGGGUGUGUCAUCAGUGUUUAAUAUUCCCCAGAGGAACACUGUGGUAACAAGUGCCUGCGCUGCAUAUUUUUAGUCUUUGAAAUGAAACACAUUUUUCAACACAAUCUAAUUGCUCAGCGGUGAUUAAGACAUGGUUUGUGUUGGGCUCAGCCAAAUGUCUCCUUAUUAAAUUGCAUGCAUUAUUAAGUUCUGUCCACACAGUGGUGCCACUUUCAUAACAUAAGAGAGUUAUUUGCAAAACAAAAAACAUUUUUCCCUGUCCUGUUAAUCAUAUCUCAGUCUCAAUCUUGUUAUAGAAUGGUAAUAAUUUAUAGUCAUGUUUGAGGUUAAAAGAUCCAUAAUCUGCAAAAAAAAGAAAGUGUGAUAUCUUCCUCACCACGAGGUUCCUCCACUAAUUAGCUGAUCUAUAUCUCAUUCUGGUGUAGUUCUGCUGACUUUCAUUCCAA